AUGCCCGGCUUCCAUGUGUACCCACAGGCCUCCCGCCUCUCCGGGGAGUGCUUGCCCGACGUGAGCGUGGUGGCGCCUUCCACGCCCGCGCCCACGCCCAUCGACCUCAACGCCACACCGGUGGCCGAUGGCUCGUCAUCGGGAGGCGCGAGGAAACACACGAGGCAAAUGUCGGCCGACGUGCUACCGGACGCCCGUAACCUAUUCGAGGGAAUGCCGACCGCCGGCGACGAGGACUACAUGCAGAACCUCAUCUUCGAGGGCGGUGUGCCGGCCGCUGGCUACGAUCCUGACGAGACACAAAGUCAGGACGGCCGCGAGGUGUUCACGCCGACCGAUGGCUAUGAUCCCGAUCAGGCGGCCUUCAUGCGUGAUCAGGUCGACAUGGACCUGGACGGCUUCCCACUUGACCACGAGUUUCCGGACGACUACGGGCAAGAGGAAGAGGACGAGUGCGACAUCGAAGUGGAGCCUUUGUUCGAGGACGAGCUCGCCAACCAAGCCGGCGGGCCGAAGCCGAAGCGCAAGAGCAAGCGAACGAAGGCAUACACGGCGGCCGAGGACAAGCUUCUUUGCGAGUGUUGGCGAGACAUUGGACAAGACCCCAAGACCAGCGGCGAACAAAAGCAUUCAACUUUUUGGAUUCGUGUCCACCGAGAGUUUCAUGAGCGCAAGAAGUUUCCGCCUUACCAAAUUAUGACCGUGGAGGAGGUUGGGGGCGAGCUGGCACGGCCGCGGGGGAAGACCAACUCCAAGAAGGAGGACAAGAGGGAUGCGGCAUCAAACGCCUUGAUCACAAGCGUGGAGGGCAUGAUGAAUAAGAAGAACUCAAGGGAGGAGGAGCGCCGGCGUUUCAAAGAAGAGCAAAUGAACGCCUUCAUGGAGAUUCAAAGGAGGAGGCUUGAGAUGGGCGCAGAGAAGCAAGCCAAGAUGCUUGAGAUGGAGGCGGAGAAGCAAACCAAGAUGCUAGAGAUCGAGGCCGCCAACGCCAAGACCAAGGCGAAAGAAGUGGCUCUCACGAGCAUGAUGACCGGGGUGGAGAUCAUGAAGGGACUAAAGACCAGCCUUCUGUUCCGGUUCGAGCCAAGAACCGGAACCAAUGUUUGUGGGCCAGGAGCGAGGCCCAUUGGUCCCGGCGUAAACGCUAGAUUGGCUUCACAAGAACAGUCAGCCACACACAGACGCACUGAGGCGGUCACUAGAGAGGUUGCUUGGCGGUGAGCAUCUAAAGAGCCAUGAAGAGCAGGGCAACAACAAAACAUACUACUCCCUACUCGUCAGAGCUCCAUCUCCCGCCGCCGCCGGCUUCGCAUCUCCGGCGCCACCGCCUCCGCCGCCGUCCUCCUCCGUGGUAGGAUCCUCCGAGACCGUGCGCCCCUCUACGCCUGCCUGGUCCUCGCCGAAUCUUCCGCCAGGUGCCGAAUGGAGGAGGUUGACCCCGCCUCAGCUAAUAGCCAAGCUUCGACUGGUGAUGCCGCGGCAGAUCAGCCUAUCAACGUGUACGUGUGGGACUUGGAUGAAACACUUAUUCUGCUCAAGUCCCUGCUAGAUGGGUCGUUUGCCGGGCAUUUUGAGGGCCUCAAGGACCAUGAAAAAGGUACUGAAAUAGGCAAGCGCUGGGAGAACAUCAUUCUUGAACUCUGCGAUGAGCACUUCUUCUAUGAGGAGAUUGAGAACUACAAUCAACCCUAUCUCAGUUGUUUACAUGAGUAUGAUGAUGGGAAAGACUUGACAAAAUAUGAUUUUGAGGCCGACUGCUUUAGUUCUCCUUUUGAUGAUGUGAAUAAAAGGAAGCUUGCCUACAGGCAUCGUGCUAUUGGAGACAAGUAUGCAAAGGGUUUGCAAAAAAUUCUGGACCACCGCAUGUUCAAAGUCUGGAGUGAUUUGUAUAGUUCAACAGACAAAUAUACUGAUGGCUGGCUUUCUUCAGCUCAUAAGUUGCUGGAAGAAGCGCUGGGUAAAUCAACAGCUGAGCCUGUUGUCAAAUCUUCAAGUAUCAAUUGCAUAGUUACUUCAGGGUCCCUGGUUCCGAGCAUUGCCAAAUGUUUGCUGUAUCGCCUGGACGAUGUGGUCUCAUCAGAUAAUGUUUACAGCUCGUGGGAAUCGGGGAAGCUGCAGUGCUUCAAGUGGAUCAAGGAACGCCAUGGCGGCCCGAACGUCCGCUUCUGCGCGGUUGGAGACGGCCCCGAGGAGCGCAGCGCAGCUUCCAUAAUGAAAUGGCCGUUCGUCAAGAUCGAGAUCCGCCCCGAUGCUCCUCACAGGUUCCCCGGCCUGAGCCUGUCGACGAUCCAUGGCAUCAUGGACGCCGUGUACCAGUCAUCGGGCAAAGACGGUUGACCUCUGGUGCGCGAGGUGGCAUAGAUGUCUUGAGGCAUCAGUCGCCAUGGACGAGGAGUCCAGUCAGGUGAUAGUUCAAUGGAACCGCAUAGUGGAGAUACCAUAUAUAUAGGAGGCAUAUUGCCCUCCCUGCCUGGAGGAUCCGGAGACGCCUGUGAGAUAAAUAAAGAGCGCCCGACCAUAUAGUUUGAUCCGUUCCGGCAUGUUUGAAUUGAAUUCUGCCAGUGUUUGCCCACCUUACUGUCAUCUGGGGAAUCGUCUGCUGAUGUAAGUCGUAACCGUUGGUUGGUUGUUGUGGCAAGUCUGUAUCUUUGUGCUUUGGCAUCUCAGAUUUGAUGGUGUACAUGGGAAUUCUGGUCCAGCGAAAAGUUCAUUCUAGUCCCCUGAAUUGCCAAAUCCUUGACUA